AUGAGCUGCUUUUGCUGCACUAAGAAAUCAACCAAAGAAUCAAAGAAGAAAAAUACCAACAUCAACGGCAACAAACCCAAUCAUCAAGAAGUGAAUUCAAAUGGUAAUGUUAAAACGGAAUUGGGUGUAAAAAAGGAGGAGGCCUCUAAGGAUGACCAGUUAUCGUUGGAUGCAAAGGAGUGGAAUAUAAAGGAGGAGGUUUCUAAGGAUGGAAAAACCAACGGCAAGCGAGCACAGACAUUUAGAUUUGAUGAACUUGCAGCAGCAACUGACGAUUUCAGGUCUGAUUGCUUUGUGGGUGAAGGAGGAUUCGGAAAAGUUUACAAGGGUCACUUAGAGAAAGUUAACCAGGUUGUUGCUAUCAAGCAGCUUGAUCGUAAUGGGUGCCAAGGGAUUAGAGAGUUUGUUGUCGAAGUAUUGACGCUAAGUCUGGCUGACCACCCUAAUCUCGUCAAAUUGAUUGGGUUUUGUGCCGAGGGAGAUCAGAGGCUAUUGGUUUAUGAAUAUAUGCCAUUAGGAUCCUUGGAAAACCAUUUGCAUGAUCUUUCACCCAGCAGGAAAGUGCUCGACUGGAAUACAAGAAUGAAGAUAGCAGCUGGUGCGGCAAGGGGUUUAGAGUAUCUGCAUGAGAAAAUGCAGCCCCCUGUUAUAUAUCGUGAUCUGAAAUGCUCAAACAUUUUGCUUGGUGAGGGGUAUCAUCCAAAGCUAUCUGAUUUUGGCUUGGCCAAAGUAGGUCCCAGUGGAGAUAAGACUCAUGUUUCUACUAGGGUUAUGGGCACGUAUGGGUAUUGUGCACCUGAUUAUGCAAUGACAGGUCAGCUGACUUUUAAGUCGGAUGUUUAUAGCUUUGGGGUUGUUCUUUUGGAGCUUAUCACAGGAAGGAAAGCUAUUGAUAAUACAAAACCUGUCAAAGAGCAGAACCUGGUAGCAUGGGCAAGACCGCUGUUUAGAGACCGGAAGAGAUUUUCACAAAUGGUGGAUCCGUUGCUCCAAGGUCAGUAUCCUGUCAGGGGACUAUACCAAGCCCUUGCUAUUGCUGCAAUGUGCGUCCAGGAGCAGCCCAAUAUGCGGCCUGUCAUAACAGAUAUAGUUACAGCGUUGAAUUACCUUGCUUCCCAGAAAUAUGACCCCCAAAUACAUCCAGUUCAAAGCUCGAGAAGGGGUUCAUCUUCUCCUAGAGGGAGGAGAGAUGAUGAUAUAAGGCAGAUUGGAGGUAACGGACCAGAGAGAGACUGA